AUGUCGCGGGUCGUGCAGAAGAAGAACCACUGGUCCAGCCGGGUGCGGCAGUGCGCGCUGAGCCGCGGGCCCGGCGGGCAGCUGGGCUUCGCCCUGCUCGGCGGCGCGGAGCACGGCGAGUUCCCGUACGCGGGCGCGGCGGCGGGGGACGGCGAGGCGGCGCUGAGCGAGGGCGAGCUGCUGCUGGAGGUGCAGGGGGUCCGCGUGUCGGGGCUGCCGCGCUACGACGUGCUGGAGGUGAUCCGGAGCUGCAAGGACCCCAUCGUGGUGAAAGCCGUUCGACAAGGGAGCAGACUGAACAAAGACCUGCGGCAUUAUCUCAACCAGAGGUUUCAGAAGGGGUCUCCGGAUCACGACCUGCAGCAGACCAUUCGAGAUAACCUCUAUCGCCACGCUGUGCCUUGCACAACCCGCCCUCCAAGAGAAGGAGAAGUGCCUGGUGUGGACUAUAACUUUCUGACUGUGGAGGAAUUUCUGGAGUUGGAGCGAAGUGGGACCCUUCUGGAAGUAGGAACUUAUGAAGGUAACUAUUAUGGAACGCCGAAGCCUCCAAGCCAGCCCCUCAGUGGGAAAGUGACUUCCACCAAUGCUUUGCAAAACCUGCAGUCUGGCUCCAAGCAGUCGACUCCAAAGCGAACCAAGUCUUACAAUGAUAUGCAAAAUGCUGGCAUAGUGCAUACAGAGAAUGAGGAAGAGGAUGAUGUACCUGAAAUGAGCAGUAGCUUCACAGCAGAGUCUGGUGACCAGGACGAGCACAACACGCGUAUCGUGAGAGAGGCAGCCCCACCGUCCACGAUUGAGAGCCACACCCACGUCCCCACCACGGAACCAUCUCAGAGCCUCCCUCAAUACCUACCUCCUUCUGCCGAGGAUAACCUAGGUCCUCUGCCGGAAAACUGGGAGAUGGCCUACACGGAGAACGGAGAAGUCUAUUUUAUAGACCAUAACACAAAAACAACAUCUUGGCUAGAUCCACGGUGCCUGAACAAACAGCAGAAGCCUCUAGAAGAAUGUGAAGAUGAUGAAGAAGGGGUGCACACGGAGGAACUGGACAGUGAACUAGAGUUGCCUGCUGGUUGGGAGAAAAUUGAGGAUCCCGUAUAUGGUGUCUACUAUGUAGACCACAUCAACAGGAAGACACAGUAUGAAAACCCAGUUCUUGAAGCAAAGAGGAAGAAGCAGCUCGAACAACAGCAGCAGCCUCCAGAAGAAUGGACAGAGGAGUGUCCAUCUCUCCCUCCACCUGCUGCUCCAAACCAUGUUUCUAACAACCAAGAGGCAGUUCGGGAAGCACCAGUACAAGGAAAACCAUUUUUUACACGAAACCCUUCUGAGUUGAAAGGGAAGUUCAUCCACACCAAGCUAAGGAAAAGCAGCAGGGGGUUUGGCUUCACUGUCGUUGGAGGAGAUGAGCCAGAUGAAUUUCUCCAAAUCAAAAGUUUGGUGCUUGACGGUCCUGCAGCGCUGGAUGGCAAAAUGGAAACAGGGGACGUCAUAGUCAGCGUGAACGACACCUGUGUGCUGGGGCACACUCACGCCCAGGUGGUGAAAAUCUUCCAGUCCAUCCCCAUCGGCGCCAGCGUGGACCUCGAACUGUGCCGGGGCUACCCCCUGCCCUUCGACCCCGACGACCCCAACACGAGCCUGGUCACGUCCGUGGCGAUUUUGGACAAAGAGCCCAUCAUUGUGAACGGGCAGGAAAACUACGACUCCCCGGCCAGCCACAGCAGUAAAACAGGGAAGGUGAACGGCACCAAGGAGGCGAGGCCCAGCAGCCCGGCCGAGGUCUCCUCCAAUGGACCCCACGGCUACCCCAACGACACGGUGUCCUUGGCGUCCUCGAUAGCGACGCAGCCUGAGCUCAUAACUGUGCACAUCGUGAAAGGGCCCAUGGGCUUCGGGUUUACUAUAGCAGACAGCCCCGGGGGGGGCGGCCAAAGAGUGAAACAAAUCGUGGACAGCCCGCGCUGCCGCGGCCUGAAGGAGGGAGACCUCAUAGUGGAAGUCAACAAGAAGAAUGUGCAGAGCCUCACUCACAACCAGGUGGUGGAUAUGCUGAUUGAAUGUCCUAAGGGAAGCGAAGUCACGUUGCUGGUGCAGCGAGGAGGACUGCCAGUCCCAAAGAAGAGCCCAAAGUCGCAACCACUUGAAAGGAAAGACAGCCAAAACAGUUCCCAGCAGAGCGUCUCGAGCCACCGCAGCGGGCACACCGCGUCCCCCGCGCACAGCACCCAGGUGCUGCCGGACUACGCCGCCCCGGAGGCGCCGGCCGCCGACCAGCCGGACACUUCUGGGCAGAAAAAGCCAGAUCCGUUCAAAAUCUGGGCCCAGUCCAGGAGCAUGUAUGAAAGCCGACCUAUGUCACCUUCACCUGCAACUGGACUGAGCAAGGGUGAGAGAGAGAGAGAAAUCAAUUCCACGAGUUUUGGAGAAUUUCCAGAUUAUCAAGAGCAGGAUAUCUUUCUAUGGAGAAAGGAAACCGGGUUUGGAUUUAGGAUUCUAGGUGGAAAUGAGCCUGGAGAACCUAUUUACAUCGGUCACAUUGUACCGCUGGGUGCUGCUGAUGCCGACGGCCGCCUGCGAUCGGGCGAUGAACUGAUCUGUGUGGAUGGGACGCCCGUGGUGGGGAAAUCACACCAGCUUGUGGUCCAGCUGAUGCAACAGGCAGCCAAACAAGGCCAUGUCAAUCUGACCGUCAGGCGCAAAGUGGUUUACACAGUUCCCAAGGCAGAGAAUGAAGUCCCGUCCCCGGCCUCCUCCCACCACAGCAGCAACCAGCCGGCCUCGCUGACGGAGGAGAAGCGGACGCCGCAGGGCAGCCAGAACUCCCUCAACACGGUCAGCUCGGGCAGCGGCAGCACCAGCGGCAUCGGCAGCGGCGGCGGCGGGGGCAGCGGCGUGGUCAGCACCGUGGUGCAGCCCUACGACGUGGAAAUCCGCCGCGGGGAGAACGAGGGCUUCGGCUUCGUCAUCGUCUCGUCGGUGAGCAGGCCCGAGGCGGGGACCACGUUCGCGGGAAAUGCAUGUGUGGCCAUGCCUCACAAAAUAGGUCGGAUAAUUGAAGGGAGCCCCGCAGACCGCUGUGGAAAGCUGAAAGUAGGCGACCGGAUCUUGGCCGUCAAUGGGUGCUCCAUCACCAACAAGUCGCAUUCAGACAUCGUCAACCUCAUUAAGGAAGCGGGAAACACCGUCACCCUGCGCAUCAUUCCAGGAGAUGAAUCCUCCAAUGCUACUUUAUUGACCAAUGCAGAAAAAAUUGCUACAAUCACAACCACACAUACUCCUCAGCAAAUACCACAGGAGACCAGCAGGAACAACACCAAACCAAAGCAGGAAUCCCAGUUUGAUUUCAAACCACCCCAAGCAGCACAGCAGGACCAAGACUUUUACACUGUUGAGCUAGAAAGAGGAGCCAAAGGGUUUGGCUUCAGCCUGCGAGGUGGCCGGGAGUACAACAUGGAUCUGUACGUGCUGCGCCUCGCUGAGGAUGGGCCCGCUGAGAGAUGUGGGAAAAUGAGGAUCGGUGAUGAAAUCUUAGAGAUCAAUGGAGAAACUACCAAGAACAUGAAGCACGCCCGGGCCAUUGAACUGAUUAAAAAUGGUGGCCGCAAGGUCCGCCUGUUUCUGAAACGUGGAGAUGGCUCUGUCCCAGAAUAUGCGAUGAUACCUCCUAAUAUCGCUGCAUGUAUGAGAAAUGACAAGCUCGGGGAGUCUUGCUUCUACCUUAUGGGCCAUAAUCAAACUACGACCCCAGCAGUGACAGGAACAGUCCCGCCACAGGUUCACAAAAUGUAUCGGAAAUGAAACCCGCGCCAUCCGACCGACGGCAGCACCCAUCAUCGGAGUCCAGUUAUCCACCAGACCUUCACAAAUCAUCACAACAUGGGGACAAGCGGACUUACGUUAGAGACCUAAAAGGCAGCAGAGAGUUUAGCAGACAUCCCAAUGAACACCACACUUGGAAUGGGACUUCUAAAACCAACGACCACGUGCCAGGCAGGAAGACAGAGAGGUCGCCGGACAGGAGGCACCAAAGGCAGCCAGAGAGGGCGGUGGUGAACGGGCAGAAGAGGAGGUCUCCCGAAAAGCGCAGGGAAGGCACAAGGAGCGCUGACAACACUUUGGAGAGGCGGGAGCGACCGGAGAGGAGGAGAGACCUCUCUCCUGAGAGGCGCAGAGAGCGGUCGCCCGGCCGCCGGCGGCGGUCGCUGGAGAGACUGACGGAGCCCAGGAGGUCCCCUGAGAGGAGAAGAGAGAACUCCCUCGACCGACGGGCCAAAUCGUCCGACAGGCGCAGGGAGAGGUCACCCGAGAGACGGCUCAGGGAGGAACGAGUUGGCCACCGGGAGAGGGAAGACCCCGGCUGGAAGCACGAGCCGAGCCGCAGGCACCCGACCGAGCAGCGCAGGCGGCCCUACAAGGAGUGCAGCACCGACCUCAGCAUCUGAGGGGCUCCCCUGUUGCCUUCCCCACACCAAGGGAGCAGAGAAGAGAGUGAAACCACCUGGCUUUUGCAGGCGACGAGACAUCCGCCACCUGCUAAUCCUACAAACCGUUUAUGCAGAUGAAAUCUAAUAACAAAACAAAAAAAAAAAAAAGCAUUGUGCCUGAUGUAUAAUAUUAAAGAAAGUAUUUUUCAGUGUAUUCUUUUUUUUUUUUUUUUAAUUACUUGCCAAAUGUUGGUCCUAAAGGAUUAUAAGAUUUUGUUUCUACAUUCUUUGUAGAUUUCUUAAAAAUAAUUCCCUUAUUGGGCUACUUUCCCCCCCCUCCCCAAUAUAGUAAGUGGGGGUAGCCAGUAAUAUAAUAUAGGCAAAGGAUUUUAUGACCAAGUUUGAAUAAUUUGAUCCAGACUGUUCUCUAGUGACUCACUGCUACACUGUAUGUAGAAAAUUUUUUAAGAGUUGGGGGUGGGGAAGGAAGAAAAUUGUUCAUCUCAGUAGGAAUGGAGCGCUCCUGCUGAAGGAAUUAAAAAGGAAAGAGACAAAUGUUCCUAAAAUUGC